AUGUCGCAAAAGAUCACAUCCAAGAACUUGUCCUAUGACAACUCACUGCCGCCCUUCCUCGCUGCUCUGCGCGCGCAGACUGCCGGCGAUGACGAGGCGCGGAAGCCCUCCAUCGGCAACAGGCAGCUCGGGAAGAAGCGCAGUGCAAGUGAGGAGGCAGAGGAUGGCCCUGUCGUGGUUGACGAGGAGGGAAACGUGAUGAGCGUUGAGAUUGACAAGGAUGGGACAGUCAAGGAGGUUGAUGGGAAAGAAGGAGACGACGACGUGAAGGCAGAGGCCAGCGCUAAGAAAGAAGGGGAGGGGACUAAGUCGUCGACCAUAGGAGGUCGGAAGCGAAAAGUUGGCAAGGUCAUUGGCGAGGCUGCAGCUCAAGCGGACGAGACCCAAGGCAAGAAGGACCAGAGACAAGCCAACAAGGAGCAUGAUGAUCCGCCCAAGGAGAAAAAGCCAAAGAAAAAGGUCAAGAAGAUCAAGCUGAGUUUUGAUGAGGAAGAAGAUGGGUGA